AUGGUCGGUGAUACGCGAUUUUCCACCGACUCACGAGUCAGAAAGGCCCCGAACCGUCAGUCACGGUCCUGUAAGGUCUGCCGGCUCCGGAAAGUCAAGUGUGACCGAGUCAAGCCCUGUCAUGCCUGCUGUGCUCAUGGAUACCCGUCCAAGUGCGUGUAUGAGCACGUCCCCGACGAAGAAGCACGCCCCAUCAGCCAAGCGGAGGAGAUUCAGAACCUACGGGCGGAGAUCCGCGACCUUCGGGGAAGACUAGAUGAUAAUCUGAAUGGUAUGCUUGUAGGCCCCGCUCAUUCCUUCCCGCAGUGUGUGGCAACGUCAUGUGGAUGCGGAAUAAUUGCUGAUGUCUGUGCAGGAUCUGGGGCCCACGAUCUCCAGCGCCUGGACCAGCUCGAGAACCUAUUUGAGUCUAUUCGCUCUGCACCAACCCCAUUAGUCGAUAAUCUUGUUCGUGACAUUCGGGCCGCACAUGUCGGCCUUAAGAAAGAUUUGGUUCCUGUCGGACCAUGGGAAGGCAGGGAAGCAUAUGAAUCAUACGAUUAUCCCUUAAGCCCUUCGUCAACUUUGCCGGUUCGGACUCGUCUAUUAUUAACCCCGGAUGAAGACUUCAAUAAUUUCCAAGCUGAGGGUGACGAUGACAGCGACUUCGAGCGUAUGUCGCUGAGCAGUGGCUCCGACUCGUCUGGCACGAUCUCGGUUAUGAGCAUGCAGAGACCCGCUGUGGAUGUGUUCGUCGAGAGAUUUGUCGAUGCAUUUAGCCCAGAAGUGGAUGUUAAAUCCGGAAGAGCCGGUGCAUUACGAGCUGCCGCCGGAAUUCGAAUGUUCUCACCACUCAUAACAGAUGCUUUUGAGGCUGUUUCGGUGGCAUUCUUUGGCCGUUCUGUGCAGAAUAAACAAAUCGAGGCAUCCGGGUUCCGCAUUUACCCCCGUGUACUACGUGCAUUGCAGGAUGCCUUGGUGGACCCUGAAAAGUGCAAAGCGGAGUCAACACUGGUAACGGUGAUUCUCUUGCUGGCUUUCGAGAGCGUUGAACGUACUACUCAGAGUGGUGUCUCGGCUCAUGUCCGAGGAGCAGUGCGCUUGAUCGAACACCGCGGGCCAGAAAAUCACAUGUAUGGGGUUGAACAUCUUUUAUUUACAGAACUCCGGCCUUAUUGGAUUGGCGCCGCUCUGGCAGCCCGACAACCUUCAUUCCUGGCCCGUGAAGAGUGGAAAACUAUUCCGUGGUCAGCAGGGACCACCCAAAAGGAUAUCCUCCACAGUCUGCUCGACCUAGCCACCGAGGUCCCAGGUUUACUAGCGAUGUCCGAUGCCUUCAAAGAAGCACAAAUCACAUCUCUCAUGGGGACACAAGAGAUGGCUGUCAAACAGUCUACGCUUUGGAAUGGAAUCCGCGAGCUUACAGCUCGUUUCUAUCAAUGGUACGAAGACAACGUUGUUGCAUACCCUGAUGGGCCACCACAGGAAGCCGAACAAACCGGCGACCAGGGUUUCCCGGUUUUCCAACGCCGCGACCUGCGCACAGGGGCUACUUUCACCCCAACCAGAUUUACAUAUCCUAACCUGCUUCUCGCACAAACUAUGUGUGUUUACUACGCCGUGCGGUUAGUUUUGUCCUCAAUCGACAAUCGGCCACACGAUCGCGUCUCGCCCUUGGAACAGUACGACUUGGGCUGCGGGAUCUGCCGCUCGUUGGAAUUUUAUAUCCUCACUGCGCCGGGCAACAUGAUCAAUCGUCUUGCAUUCCCCACUCGGGUCGCUUGGGAAGCAUUCCCAGACGGGGGUCCAGAGCGCCGUUUCAUGAUUGAGGUGCUGCGACUAGUUGAGAGGCGGCAUUCUCUAGGGCUUUGGGGCAGUGCCAUGCCAGAGUUAUCUACAAAAGAAUCGUCGCCACUGAAUACAGGUAGUUCGUAG